UGAUGCAAUGGAAAAGACGUCGGUGUCAAUUGAUAUGUUUUGACCUGCUUGAUUAAAAAAAGUGGUAGUGCACAUGUUUGUCAAUAAAAAGUGUACUUAAAAGUUCUCGUCAACGAUAGUUUCAGGUCGUUGGUUUAGGUGUUUAAGUUCUGUCAUCAGGAUAUGUAUCAAGAAUUGUGUCAUAAUUUGUGAUUUGUUGACACAAUAAUGCAAAUGACAUAUAAUUGAUUGUUACUGCAGCCGCACAUCAGAUGUUUAUAUCACUAAUGUAACGCUAGUCCUCGUUACUGCCACGAUUGGCGGAAUCUUUAUUCAGCUCGCUGUGUUUCCCGGGGGAAGAUUUUCUCUGCCGGACUUGUUCAGACGCAACUCGUUUUGCACCGUACUUCCACGCGCCAUGCCGACUGACACCAAACGUGUUCGCGGCCCAGAAGCGUCUCAGAGCCCGUCUCUGUUUUUGUGCAAACCGGCGACCGUUCUUCCGUCGCGCGGGCCCCGGGCGGACGGCCGGCAGCGGGACCAAGUGGACGUCCGACCCGUGUUUGUCCGGUGCGGGCUGGUGAGCCAGGCUAAAGGCUCCGCGUACAUUGAGGCUGGAAACACCAAGUUGAUGUGCUGCGUUUACGGCCCCAGAGAAACGGAGCGGAAAGAUGAGACCGACAUGAAAUGUGGAAGGUUGAUCGCUGAUAUGCGUUUCGCUCCAUUCUCCUGCCGGGAGAGGGGCUCCUGGAUUCAGGGGAGCCAGGAGAAGGACCUCUCCCUGAUGCUGCACGAGAGUCUGCAGCCAGCUGUGUGCCUCCACAAAUAUCCUCGCUCUCAGAUCGAGGUCAACGUGAUGGUUCUUGAGAACAGCGGUUCCAUUCUGGCCCAUGCAGUCACGUGCGCAUCACUCGCUCUCGCAGACGCUGGGAUCGAAAUGUACGAUCUGGUGCUUGGUUGUUCCAUGCGCCAGGAUGGCACCUCUUACAUGGUCGACCCUUCUUAUGUGGAGGAAAGCGGCUGCAGCGACAACCAGGGCGGUCUGACCGUUGCAUUCCUCCCCAGCCUGAACCAGAUUUCUGGGCUGCAGUCAGAUGGAGAAAUGGCUGAAGAGACUCUGACAGCCGGGGUGCGGACCUGCAUCGAGGGAUGCUAUAAACUGUACCCGGUCAUCCAACAAGCCCUGUCCAAGGCUGUACGCAGGGCGGCGCCCCCACCACCAGAGAGCUGAGAGACUCCGGCACCAAUAACUACUCAGUCCAUAGCUUUUCUACUUUACAGCUUCCUAUGAUUGCAAUUAUAUUCUUGAAAUGGAAAUGUUUCAGUGUUUUCCAUUAAAUAAUGUGUCAAUGC